ACACAACGCCUCUUUCAGGAUACGUACUAUCAGUGUGUAUUGCUUUGUCACUUCAAAUAAGAAAGGAGCGGCAGUUGAGUUCACCUCGUGUGUUCCUCACAACUCGCACUAUUGUUUUCAAAGUUGGAACUUCGUCCCAGGUCAACUUUUAACACGCCGUAACUAUGGCUGACAAGUUGGAAGACGUCAAAGCGCACAACGGCGGCGAGGACCCGCUGCCCAACGGUUCGUCCCGCGGCGUGGAGCAACCUCUCUCCCGGCGUGUGAAGCGGAUAGUCAUGGACAAUCUUUUGGUAAUCUUAACCGUGGCAGGCGUCAUUAUUGGCGUUUUCAUCGGUCUCGGCGUGCGUAACGCGGAGCUCUCCCGCACCCAAAUCAUUUACAUCGGCUUCCCCGGCGAGCUGCUUAUCCGGCUACUAAAGAUGAUUAUCAUCCCGUUGGUGGUGUGCAGUCUGGUCUCGGGGGCGGCCAGCAUCGAUCCCAAAGCCCUGGGCAGGCUGGGCGGCUGGGCGAUGCUCUUCUUCCUGGUGACCACGUUGAUCGCUUCGGCAAUUGGGGUGGUGAUGGCGUUUAUCAUCAAGCCGGGCUCGGUGACUCUGACCAAACCUAAAGUGGCGGGUUUGGAUGACGGCGUGCCCGAAUCCAAAGAAGUCAUAGACUCCUUUUUAGACUUGAUCAGAAACAUCUUUCCCUCCAACUUGGUGUCGGCUGCCUUCCAGUCGUAUGCGACAAGCUACAAGCUGGUGAGCACAAAUAGCACAAAUGGAGUCCGCAACAUAACAGUGGAAAAGGUUCCCAUUGGCACUGACCAGGAUGGGAUGAAUAUUCUGGGUCUGGUGGUGUUUGCCAUUGUGUUCGGUGUGGCUCUGAGGAAGUUGGGGGCGGAAGGCGAGAUCUUGAUUAAGUUCUUCAACUCAUUCAAUGAAGCCACCAUGGUGCUGGUCUCGUGGAUCAUGUGGUAUGCCCCUUUCGGUAUCAUGUUCCUUGUUGCUGGCAAGAUUGUUGAGAUGGAGGACGUUGGUACAUUAUUUGCCAGUCUGGGAAAGUAUAUAGCAUGCUGCGUUGUUGGGCACGCCAUCCACGGCCUCAUUGUGCUGCCCGGCAUCUACUUCGUCAUUACAAGGAAGAACCCGUUCACCUUCCUAUGGGGAAUAUUCACAGCUCUGGCCACAGCCUUUGGGACAGCCUCCAGCUCCGCCACGCUUCCACUUAUGAUGAAGUGCGUGGAGGAAAAUAACGGCAUCUCCAAGCAGAUCAGCCGCUUCAUCCUUCCCAUCGGCGCCACCGUCAACAUGGAUGGAGCCGCAUGCUUUCAGUGCGCAGCUGCCGUUUUCAUUGCACAGCUCAACGAUUAUCCCCUCAACUUCAUCCAGAUCGUUACCAUCCUCGUGACUGCCACAGCAUCCAGUGUUGGUGCAGCAGGAAUACCCGCUGGCGGGGUGUUGACCUUGGCUAUCAUCCUGGAGGCAGUCGGUUUGCCCACCAACGAUAUCUCCCUAAUCCUGGCAGUUGACUGGCUUGUUGACCGCACAUGCACAGUACUGAACGUGGAAGGCGACGCGUUUGGCGCAGGACUCCUGCAGUUUUUCGUGGACCGCACAUCCAAACGAGAGGAAAGCACGGACCUGGGCGAGGUCAACAGCAUCACGCCCCCGCCUGAACACUCGCCGCUCAUUGAGAUGAAAGGUGUCGAACAGACGGACAACAGAAGCACCCAGCAGGGCUCUUUGGUCAUGUAGUGGAGGUGCGGAGAUCACACUACCGUGGAAACUGCUAAUAGACACGAUGGACCUCUGUCCAUCUGAAAACGCUUUGUGGAAGCUGUAGAUGUACUUCGUAAAAUCGUAAACAGGCGUAUUCUGGCAUUUGGACAAUCCAUCAGGGAUAUAUGAAUGUUGAAGAGCAAUGAUUUCCUUUAAGGCAGGGGUGUCAAACUCAUUGUUGUCGUCCGAGAUUUUAGCAAGCAUCA